GAGGAGACAACAGUGGGUGGAAGCAGACGGAAAUUUGUUUUUUGUAAAGAAAAUAAAUCGGGAGAGGAAAGAAGGAGUGGAGACGGUAUUUUUUUGCUGCCUAACAUGUGGUUCCAUUUGAUGAUGCUGUUUCUCUGUCUCUCCCAAACAGAGCCGAUCAAAGUUUGGGAUCAACAGCAGACAGAUGGCGCGUACAGUGUGAUCCCACAGCAGCGUGAAGACUUAACUGCUGGCUUCAGAGCCCGGAGAUCUUUUUCAGGCAGGACCAGCAGGGCAGUUCUGGGUGGAGGACUCACAAUCAACACCUUGCCAAACAACAUCACACAUGUAGUGAAGGAUUCUGGGAAGUACUACACUUGGCGAAGCUUUGGCCCUGAGGAUCAACGAAGCCAGGACCUGUGGUUUGACAUGACUGACGUCAGGCAUGGCCAAGUUAGAGUCCACAGCAUUCUGUCAAAUUCAUACAAGCAGGCUGUGAGAGUCGCUCUGUCUUUCGACUUUCCUUUUUACGGACAUUACCUGAGGCAGAUUAUCAUCGCUACAGGAGGAUUCAUCUACACUGGUGAUGUUGUUCACCGUAUGUUGACCACCACGCAGUACAUCGCCCCUCUGAUGGCUAACUUUGACCCCAGCUACUCUAAAGACUCCACCGUUCAGUACCUGGAUAACGGAGAAGUGUUUGUGGUCCAGUGGGAGCGGGUCAGACUUCCAGGCAAAGAGGCGAAUGGAGCCUUUACGUUUCAGGCUGCUCUUUAUAAGACAGGAAGAAUCUCCUUCAGCUACCGAGACAUCCCUCUAUCGCUAGAUGUGAUCGGAUCAGUGGAACAUCCAGUUAAGGCCGGAUUGUCAGAUGCAUUUAUGGUCGUGUCACCCACCUCUCAAUCACCAGAUGGAGCUCAACAAACAAUCUACGAGUACCAUCGCGUUGAGAUCGACAUGACAAAGAUUACCAACAGGUCUGCUGUGGAGCUCACACCUCUUCCCACCUGCCUCCUACAUGACAGCUGUGAGCUCUGCCUCUCCUCCAACCAAACUUCUGGUUGCAGUUGGUGUAAUGUUCUCCAGAGAUGCUCAGAUGGCAUGGAUCGACACAGGCAAGAAUGGUUGGAUUACUCCUGUUCGGAGGAGAGCCAAGGCGCAACAUGUGAUGACUACUUCAGGGAUGACAGUUUCACUGUUUCCUCUGCUGCACCAGAUACAGAUGACAUUACACCUUCAACCCCAAAACAAAGAGGGUGUAAAACAGAUGAUCAGAUUUACAAGUUGGGCAGCGAUGUAAAAACCGAGUCUUCAACCAAGAGUAAAGGAUUGUCUCACACUGGCAUCAUAGCUGGUAUAGCAGCUGCUCUGGUCCUACUCUUAGCUUUAAUUCUUGUUGCUGUUUGCAUCCAUUGCUUUCCCAUCGGCUCCUCGUCUCUUUACCUCAUCCAGAGACGCAAAAGCUACUGGCCCUCCAUGAAGUUCCAAAAGCUUCAACCAGGAUACACAGAGGUGGAGGGAGAAGGUCAUGAAAAAUACAGCAUCGUUGAAGCUGGGCCGUGCUGAAACCUGAAUAUGUGCAAUUAUACAAAAAAUCGAUCACCUUGUAAAUCAAAGUUGUACUCUGAAACAUUUUUUAAAGAAUAAGAAUUUUUUUGAACAUUUUCUAACAGUGUAGCUGCGUUUAGUUUUGAUAUUUUGUGAGAAGUAGCCGGCAUCUGCUGCAAAUCAGGUUCAAUAAAAAGCUCUUUUCAAAAGAUGUGUGUAUCUAUACGAGAAGUUCUACAAAUUUAAGUGUGCACAUCUUUGUACAUCUAAUAAAGAAAUGG